AUGGUUGAAAUAAAAACAGCAGCUCAAGAGGUUCCAAUAGUUUUUCGCAAAUUCAUCAGAAGAUUGCCCAAAAACUGUAGUUUUGAUAUGAAAUUGCGAAUUGAGUUCAGUGAUGAUGAAGAAGAGGAAAAGGAAAGGGCGCCGGUGAAAGUGAGUUUUGCAACAAAAACAAUAAUCUUGUCAUAAUUGGGUAUAUAAAUUUUCAGUCAAAAGUCGAACCGAAACGUGAAGCAAAAUCUGAGGCGAGCUCCAGCGAUCCAGCAAGUUUUUCUGUGAAAAAACCAAGAUCGAUGUUGUGUUUGAAUGAAAUCAAUCAAAACCAUUUCGAUUCAAAACAAUUAUUUCCGGAAGAAUUUUCUUAUUAUUCACAAGCAGUAAGUUUGUGUCAGGGUUUCUGAAAUCCCAGAUUUUUCUCAUCUCGAAAAUCUCAAUAUUUUUUUUGGCAGAGCAAAACGGAAAUAUCUUUAUCCAAUGAAACAUCAUUUGGUGAAACUCAAUCCAUCGUCAAAAAUUCGUCAAAUUCUCAAAAUCCACCAGCUAAAAAAUCGAAAACUGAUCAAUCGCAUCGAAAAUAUUCAAAAACUCGUUCUUUAACAACAAUGCACUCAAAAACAUCACUUUCAAAUGAGACAUCGAAUAAGAAUCCUGCAAGAAAAUCACCAUCUUAUCACGAUUUAUAUUCGGCAAAUCAAAGAUAUCCGCCAUCCACAACAACUGCAAUUAUUUCACCAAAAACAGUUUAUGAAAAUGAGCAUAUUUUGUUGUCGGAUAAGAAUAAUAGUAAGAAGAAAAAUAGCAAAAACAAGAAGAAAGAAGAGAAAAAUAAGGAAAAUAGAAUAAGUCCGUUGGUUUCAAGCGAAGAAAAAAGUGAAAAAUCAAGAAAAAUUGAAGAUGGAGCAGAUGGAUGGGCUUUGAUUUCGGCGAAAAAAGUUGGAAAUGAUUUGAAAAUUGAUUUGAAGGAUUUGUUUCUAUGA